AUGUCGGAACUUCUCUCACCUCCCGCUUCGACACCUGGAUUACGACUGAGUAGGACACAAAAGGAUCUCAUAGCUGGUUCGGUGGGUGGGAUAGCUCAAGUCUUGGUCGGUCAACCUUUCGACAUAGUUAAAGUCCGGAUACAAACUGCUCCAUCUGGGACGUACAAAUCACCUCUCGACUGUGCCCAAAAGUUACUCCGAUCGGACGGUCCAACGGGGUUCUAUAAAGGUACCCUGACGCCUUUGUUGGGAAUAGGAGCAUGUGUAUCUAUCCAAUUUGGGGCGUUAGAGGGUGCCAAGAGGUUUUUCGGGGGAAGAAAGGGAGAUAAAGAAGAGUUGAAUCUUGCCGAGCUCUACACAGCAGGAGCCAUAGCCGGUGUAGCCAAUACGAUCGUAGCCAACCCUGUUGAACAUAUCCGUAUCCGACUUCAGACCCAGCCUCAACCACCUAUCUACCGAGGUCCAUGGGAUUGUGCUGUGGCGUUAUGGAAAAUGGGUGGGAUAGGGGGUGUAUUUAAAGGACAAGUUAGUACAAUGUGGCGGGAUGGGUUGGGGUAUGGAUCGUAUUUCCUAGCAUACGAAUAUCUCGUUCAACGUCAUAUACGUACUAAAGGUGUGAAAAGAGAAGAUAUCGCUCCGAUUUGGUCGGUGACUUAUGGUGCUGCGGCAGGAUACGCAUUAUGGUUUUCUAUAUACCCAAUCGACGUUAUAAAAUCUAAACUUCAAACGGAUCAUUUAAACCCUACAAAACGUCAAUAUAAAGGGAUGAUCGAUUGUGCUACUCAAGUCUGGCGUACAAGCGGAUGGAAAGGUUUCACAGGAGGUUUAACACCCACAUUGGUCAGAUCUCCAUUUGCUAAUGGAGCUACUUUUGUCGCUUUUGAACUUGCCAUGAGAGGACUUUCAUAA